AUGAUAUGUUGUUCAAAAAAAAUAAUACAUUCUGUUGACACUAAAAGAAGAAAUAAUUUGGGUGCAAUAGAGAGAAAAGAAAAAAACGAAAAAAAAGAUAUUAAUUUAGAUGAUGGAAAUGAACUAAUUACAAUACAUGAUAAUAAAGUAUCUAUUGUUAAUAUUGUAAAAAAAGCAAGUGAAGUGACUUCGAAAUUACAAGAACAAAAAAAAGAUUUAAUUAAAAAACCUUUUUCAUCAAAAUCCAAUAUAUUAAAAUAUUAUGAAACUAAAUUUUUAAAAAAAAAAGAUAAUGAAAAUUCCAUUUAUAUAAAUAGAAAAAAAGGAGAAGCAAAAAAACAUAAAAUUCAGGAAUUCAAUAAAACUGAAGAUAAACCUAAAAAUAAAGUAGAUUUUAUUAAUGAGUCACAAGAAGUAAAAGAUUUUUCAAAAUUAAGAACAAAAAGUAAAUAUAAUAUAUUGAAUGAAGUAGAAAAAAAACUUAAACAAUUGAUAAAAGAUGAAAAAAUCAAUACUCACAAUGAUAUCUUAUUUCUAAAUAUAUAUGCUCUGACUCAUAAAAAAAUAUACUCUAUUUUAGACAAAAAAAAAAAAAAUAUGGGAUACUAUAGUUGUAAUGAAAUUUUAGAAAUGAUAUUAAAAGGAAAAUUGAAUAAAAGUAGUUUAAUAAAAAGGAGAUCAGAUGAACAUUAUUAUCAGUUAAAACAAAAAAUUAGUGAAAUAUAUUUUUUAAAGCAGCUUGAGUUGCAAUAUUACCUAAAAAUUAAAAAAAAUAAACACUCUCUAGAAUCCAAAGAACUGAAAAAAUAUAUUGAUAGAGAAAAUACAACAUAUUUAGAGUUAAGUGAGACUCUAUUAGCUGAAAAAGUAAAAUCUUUAAAAAAUUUUUUUAUAGCUCCCUAUGAUAAAAAUAUUGUAGAAAUUAUUUUAAUCCCAAAACAAAAAAACUGUGACAAUUUUUUUGGAUAUCACAAAAUAAUUUCUAAUUUAUUUGUAACAAAAUAUAUUUCUGUUUUUUUUUAUCAUAUUAUCGAAAAAAAAGUUGAAAAUUAUAAUUUAAAGAAAAAAAAUGGACCUAUAUACAUAAAAAUGAAAUUAAAGACCAAUUAUCCUGAAGCAAUUCAAACUAUUUUUAAAUAUAUCUAUUAUAAAAAUAUAAAUCUACACAAUUUAGAUUUUAAAUUAUUAGUAACUAUGUAUAUAGAAUGCGUCCAUUUUAAAAUUAUUAGUAUUAUAAAUGAUGUUAUCGAUGCAAUCAGUGAAAAAGCCAACUUUGAAAAUAUAAUUAAAGUUCUACAAUUUUCUUCAGUUUACAGGGAAACGAAUAUCUUUAAAGAUUUUGCUCGUAUCAUUUCAGAUUCAGGGUUUUACUUAUUUUCAAGAAAUUAUCACUAUUUAUUAGACGCACAAUUAUAUAUUUAUUUUCUAAGUUUGGAUAAUAUAAUGAUAAACGAAAUGAGAAUAUUUAUUGAAUCAAUAAAAUAUAUAAUUAAAAACAAAUGUGAUAUAAAACAGCAAAACUUAAUUUUUCAAAAUAUUAGAUUCAACUUAUUAAAUAAUGAAUAUCUAUAUAGUAUUCAACAGUACAUGAAAAAUUGUUUUGAAGAAGUUUUAGAAAAUAAAGGUGACUUAUCUAAUAUUAUUUAUAUAGGGAAUUAUCCACAAAAUGAACAAACAAUUUUGAAUAAGACAAGUUUUGAAGAAUUACAUUUUUAUAUUCCAAAUAAAGACCAAUUAAAUGAUAAAAAUGAGAUGGAUAAUAUUAAAACUUGUAAUUUUCUAUAUUCAGAAGAGAUAAAAAGUAUAAAUGAAUUGUAUAAGAAUAUAAAUAAAGAAUCUUUUGAGCCCCCCAGUCUUAGUAAAGAGAAAAAAGAAAUUUCUAGUAAAAAAUUUAUUGAAUGCAUGAAUAACAUUUAUAACACAUUAUUUGAUAAUAUUUUUAAGAAAAUUCUAAACAAAGAAACAAAAAAACGAUGUAACCCAUGGAAAGAAAAUAAAGAGUUCAAAUGUGUAAAUGAUUUUACAAAUCAAAAAUAUUAUUUUUAUUUACAAAAAAAAAAAAAUAAAACGGAAAAAUAUGCCUUUACAUACGGAGAUGAAAGGUUAAUAAACGAAUGUAAAUUUUUUUUUCAAAUUGUUCAGACCAAAAAUAGUAAUAUUUCUAUUGGAAUAAUUUUAAAAACAAAUGAAUUAAAUUCUUUGAAUGAAGAACAUUCUAAAAUAUCAAGCGCUUUAGUUCAAUAUUAUGAAAAUUUAGUUAUUUAUUUUGAUUUCUUUGUAAAUGAUUUUUAUGCUUGUAAUAUAGAUAACGAUAAUUCAACAUUAAUAAAUAAAACAAAAUUAAACAUUUAUGCACAUGAAAAUAAGUUAACAGAUGAAGAUACCAUUAAUUACAAAAUAUCAGUGAUUCACCAAACUUUGCAUUUUCAUAUAGUCGUAUUACCUAAAAACAUUAGCUUUACAUAUUCUUUUGCAUUUUUAAAACCUUCCAACUUUUUAGGAGAUAUAAUAAAAAAACCAUUUAUUCACAUAAGACCUUUUUUUGUGCUUAAAGAUGCUUUAGAUUCUAUUGCUAUACCACACAUAAAAUUUUAA